UUGUUUGUUCAUUCACAUUUCAUUGCCGCUAAAUUCCAAGCAAACAACCAAAAUCGCUGAGUUUGCAAUUUGUUUUUAAUAUUUUUAAAUAAUAUAACUAAAAUGGAGGAUGACACUUUACCUAGUAGCUGCAACUUUCUAAAGGAUCCACUAUCAAUAGGCGAUCUUAUUGGUCCUGGCACAACAUUUGAGAUUAACACAAACUUUGAUGAAGGCUUCAGUAAUGAUAUAUUCGAUGAAUUAAAUCUGGGUUCCGAUGAGGAAGACGAUGAGAAGACGGCUAUAGACCACUCAGCACUGGUUUCACCUUGGACAAAAACAUUUGAUGAACUGCGGCAACAAAUGGUGCAGAUAAAUGAAUAUAUUUACAAAAAAAUUACACAACCCGGUGUGGCAGAGGCGGGUGAAGUGCCGUUAAAUGCACGCGUUUGCAUACGUUAUAAUGCAUAUUGGGAGAGCGAGGGCGCACCUUUCGAUUCAUCAUUUUUACGUGGCUCUUCAUAUCAUUUUUAUACCGGACGCAAUGAAGUAAUUGAAGGAUUAGAAGUCGCCGUGCGUACAAUGCAACGUGGCGAACAGGCACAAUUCGUAAUAUCACAUCAAUUGCUUUUUGGUGAGAUUGGUUGUCCGCCACGCAUAAAACCAAGUGCCGAUGGACUAUUUAUUAUCGAGUUAGUGUCAUUCAAUCCCGUUGGCGAUUUGGAGGCGGAUCAAAACUUAACCGAAGAAGAACGCGGCAAAUAUGCGUUAGUAAUUGAAAAAAUACGUGAAGUACACCUGAAAGGUUUGGAUUUCUUCGGACAGGGUUUAUAUAAAAAUGCUUGUCGCGCUUUUGAGAAAGCAGUAAGCUUAUUGAACAGCUGUCGUUUAGCCAAUGAACAGGAAGAGCAAGAGCAAACAGCAUUUCUUUUGAAAUUAUACACAAAUUUAGCAGUUUGCUAUAAUAAAGUUAAUCUACCAGCCAAGGCUUGUAUAAUGUGCAAAGAAAUACGCCAGUUGACGAACAAUAAGCCAACGUGUAAAGCAUUAUUUCAAGAAGGACGUGCGUUGCUAUUGCUGGGUGAGUACGAAGGUGCACGGCAGAUACUUAUACGCUCCCAACGCAUGGAACCGCAAAAUGAAGAUAUUAGUAGGGAAAUGAAAAUAUUGGAAGAACGUUAUGCGAAAUACAAAGAAAAUGAACGUAGCAUUUGGACAAAGGCGAUGGGUAUAAUCAAAAAGAACGAAGUCGGCAAACUGGGUGACGCAAAUAGUGCAGAGACACUUAGUAUUUUCGAACAAGAAAUGGCUGACUUAAUGAAAAAUUUCAAGGACAACAUGGAUUUGAAUAAUUUCAAUUUGCCACCUGGUUUAACUAAAAGUGAAAUUAAAACAGUAGAUGAGUUGGCGCAGAGCAUGGACCUAAAACUAACGCUAUCGCCGCUAGACAAUGCUACCUAUACACUAACAAAAGUGCAUAAGAAAUAAGCGCUAGACGGUUAAGCAAACUAACCUUAACGAAUGAAAUUAAAGCAAAAAUAUAAUUACAUAUUCUUGCUCAAAAUAAAUACAGUUGAACUUGCCUAAUUCGAAUCACCAUAAUCCACAAAAAAACUUCGAGUUAGAGAGACUUCAGAGUUACGGCAGGUAAUUUGUAUGAAAUUUGAGUUCUAUUGCCAAUUCAAGAGUUCGAGUUAUGGAAGUUCAACUGUAUAUGUAUAUAAGUAAUAAUUUUAAUGCAUAAGUGAACUUUCCUUUUUUCUACACAAAAUAAAAAUGUUACAAUGAAAUUUUAAUGGAAUUACUUUUUUGUUUACUACUAGUUUUAUAAAAACAUGUCAUUUGAAAAUAUGUAU